UUGACGUCUGGAGUUAUCUUGUCCUCAAAAUUGUCAAAUAUACGUGUUUUUUUUAAAAAUAAUAGUAAAUAAAUAAUCAGUUAUAUAGUACAUUUAUAGUGAUUGACUAUGUACGCAGUGUUCAAUAUUUAAAAAUUAUCAGUAACUUAAACAAUAUAACAUCCAAUCUAAAUCUGUGGUCCUUGAUUAUAACUAUUUCGUAGGUGUAUUUUGCAUGUGCAGUUCAUAUGGCGUCAUUAUCACUACCACGAGUACUACAAUUGAAGAAGAACAGCUUGGAUGCUGAGCGUGAGCAGUUCGAAAAGUUUCAGCCUGGUACAGCACUUACUAAUGCAUGCUGAGUUCGUGUUGCACUAACACCUUGCUAUGGCCAAUCCUACAGAAAAACGCUUUCACCAGCUGACAUUAGCCAUCCAGAAGGCCAUAAACUCCAACGAGACCCCAGUUAAAGAGAAACAUGUACGAAGCACGAUCAUCGGUACUUUUCAAGAGCAAAGUGCGAUCACCUACUGGAUGGUGGCGAUCAGGCUACCCCUGCAGGAUAACAGGAUCGUGUCGUGGAAAUUCUGCCACGUGACACACAAACUGCUCCGCGAGGGUCACCCGGCAUGUCUCGAUGACUCCCAGCGUCAUAUUGGGAUGAUCGAGAAUCUUGGCAAAUUGUGGGUUCAUCUUCGUGAAGGCUAUGGAAGAUUAAUACACUUGUAUAGUAACUUAUUGGUUACCAAGUUGAAAUUCCACGCGCGUAAUCCACGUUUUCCUGGUAACAUGCUCUUGACGGCCGAUGAAUUGGAUGCGAUCGCUGAAAACGACGUCAAUAAUUAUUUCCAACUAUGUGUCGAGUUGUUCGAUUAUAUGGAAGACAUACUCAGUCUCCAAGCUGCAGUGUUCGACAGCCUGGGCAACGCGCGCGCCAACUCCAUGACGGCGAGCGGGCAGUGCCGCCUGGCCGCGCUCAUCCCGUGCGCGCAGGACUCCUCGCACAUCUACGACUGCAACGUGCGCCUGCUGUUCCGCCUGCACGCCGCGCUGCCGCCCGACGUGCUGGCCGGCCACCGCGAGAGAUUUCGACAGCAAUUCAAGAAGUUGAGCUCCUUCUACAAACAUGCAAGCAGCCUGCAGUACUAUCGGAACUUAUUGACUCUGCCGGUACUGCCUUCGAAUCCGCCUAACUUCUUGCUUCAGAGCGACUUCGGUACAUACGUAACCCCAGUGGUGUCUAUCCCAGAGCAACCUCAGGACGAAGUGGACACUGUGGGAUCCCUUAUCGACACAUCCGAUACCAUUAGCCAGCGGGCGAGCCCCGAGCGGCCGGAGCCCGACCCCAUCGUGGAGCGCGACCGCCUCAUCGACCAUCUGCAGAACGAGCUCAAGAGGAUGAGGCUAGAAGUGUCGCAGAUAAUACAAGAGAGGAACACGAUGCUGGGAUCUAUGAGAGAGCACUGUACGAGGUUGGAGUCGCAGCUGCGCGCGACCAGAAAUGAGCUUGAAGAGGAAAAGCAGAAAAUGGAUAUUAUGUCAGUCGAAACGCCGGAAAUUAAAAAAAAACUGACACAGACUGAAGAAAAAGCGAAGAUAUUAGAUGAAAAAUUUCAGAAGUUAAAGGGUGCUUAUACUCAGCUACGAGAAGAACACAUCGCGUUGAUUAGACAGAAAGCCGAGGUCGACAAAAACGCAUCAAGCUUAAGAGCGGCCGCUGCGCAACAUGAAAGUGCGAAAACCAUGCUGCAGCAACAGCUGAAUGAUCGAAUGAAAGAUGUCGAACUACUCCAGCAGAGUGCUUCAUCGAGCGAAGAAAUCGAAGCUUACAAAUCAGAACUGACAAAUCUUAGGACCGAACUCGAACAAGCAAGGCAGAAAGAAGUCGAACUAGAGACUCUAAGAGCAUCGAUGGAAGCUUUAGAAAUUGAACAUAAGACCGCUACCACCGAACUCGAAGUGAAACUUACAGCAGUGACGAACGAACUGAAAGAAGUUACGGAAAACAAUGAGAAAAUUAAACAAGAAAUAAGUGAAAAAGACGUCGAAUACAGUAAAGUCAGAGAGGAGUUGAUAUGUCUCCGACAAAAGAGUGGGGAUGAGUAUAAAAAAGCAGUUGAGGAGAGAGAAGAUGCGUUGAAACAGCUUGCCGAACUUCAACAGCAGUAUCAACAUGAGAAACAGGAGCAAGUUAAUAAUACUAACAAUUUACAAGCCGAUUUAGAAACAUUUAAAAUGAAAUUAACUGAAACACAAAGUAAUUUCGAGCGCCAAUGUAGCAAAUUAGAUGAAGAGUUGUCUGACAAAAAUCAAGAAUUUGAAAGUAUUUUAAAGAAAAAAGAGAUUGAAAUUGAAGAGUCUGUCAGUAAACUUACUUUAUUACAAAGUAGUAUUGAAAGUAUUAAAAGUAAUAAUGAUGAAUUAAUUAGAAACCAGGCAGAUGAGAUCAAUGGUCUUAAAACAGUGAUCAACGUAAUGACGCAAAAUUUAGAAACAUCAGAAAAGUUAAUUGUAGAUUUAGGGAAACAAAUUAUGACAUUAAAUAAUAAACUUGAAGAAGAAUAUCUUGAGAAAACCAAAUUAACAAAUGUUCUAACUGAACGAAGUAAAGAGGUUUCAGAUCUACAAAACAAAAUUAAAUGUUUAUUAGAAACUCUUAAUAAUAAAGAUACUUUGAUAAAAGAAAUUGAAGAUUUAAAAGACAAGGAAUCAAAAGAUCAACUUACAAGAGUUGAACAUCUAGAAGAAUCGAUUCAAUCAAAGGAUAAUAUAAUAGAUAAACUUUCAUUACAAUAUCAAGAGCUGUCUUCAAGAUUUGAGGAAAAAAUCAUAGAAAUUGAUACUAUUAAAAAUGACUAUAUGAUCGAGAGGAAAUCUUUGGAAAGUCGACUGGAACAAUUAUCUCUUGUAAAUGACAAAACGGUAGCUGAGCGAGAUAUCUUAAUUUCUGAAAAACAGGAUCUUGAAUCUAUUGUGAUGGAGUUGAAGGAUAUACAAAUAAAGUCACGUGAUCAGAUUGAUCAAGCUUUAAAAACAAAUACUGAAUUGGAAGCAACAUUUAAACAAGAGAUAGAAAAUAUCAAAUUACAAUAUGAAUCUAAGAAUUCUGAAAAAGACAACGAAAUAAAAAUAUUAACUGAGAAUUUGGAACGCAAUGAAGUUAAUUUUAACAACAUUAGGCUUUCACAAACGGAAGAAGUAAAUAAAUAUAAAACACAAAUAGAAGAACUUGAACAUUUAAGAAUGAAAGAAAGAGAGGAAUAUACGCGUACUAUUUCUGAAAAAGAAUCAAAAGUUCAGUUGAUUGAAGCUAGAUUAGAGCAUACUGAAAGCGAACGACUGAACGCCGAGUGUGAAUUGCAGGACUUGUUGCAACAAAAUACAAUCCUGGAAGCAGACAUGGGCUCGCUCAAAAUACAGUUGGAAGAAGCUAAACAGGCCGUCAAGAAACAGACAUCUAAAUUGGUGUCCUGUGCCGGUGAAACCGCAUUAGAGGUGAUGAACGGAGCACUCUCUGCUUUUGAAAACUCGAAUGCUCAAGAUGCAAAUAACCUAGCGGCGGAAUUAGCUAUUAAGGCAUUGGAGGAGCUCACUGAUAACGCGAGGAUUGAAGGCAAAGAAGAAGACGUAGCAAAAUCUGCAAUUUUCGCAGCUCACAACGCGGCAAAGCUUUCCGCUUACAUCGCAGAUCUAUCCAACAUCACCACAGACAUCGAGCUGUCGGAUAAACUGAACACGGAGUGCCGCGAAAUGCUGACGUCGACGAAGCUGUGCCUCGAGGCGCUGUCGGGCGGCGCCGUGGAGGCGGCGGGCUGUGCGCAGGCGCGCGCCGCCGUGCAGAGCGUGCUGCUCGCCGCGCGGGGCGCCGACGCGCACGCCGCGCGCGCGCGCUGCGUGGACGACGAGCUGGCCGACAUGGACCGCGCCAUCGAGGCCGCCGCCGCGCAGAUCGAGAAAAUGUUGGCAGCCAGUCGAGCCGGCGAUACGGGCAUUAAAUUAGAAGUAAACGAGAAGAUCCUGGACGCUUGCACUACGCUGAUGGCCGCGGUCAAGAUCCUCGUCCAGGAUAGCAGAAAACUCCAGAACGAGCUGGGCGAUCCGAAGACUCGCCAGAAAAUGUAUAGACGAAACCCGCAGUGGUCGGAAGGUCUCAUUUCUGCUUCGAAAGCGGUCGUAUUCGCUGCCAAACUCUUGGUCACGUCGGCGGACGAGGCGGUGGGCGCGGCGGGGCGCGUGGAGGGCGUGUCGGCGGCGGCGCACGAGGUGGCGGCCAGCACGGCGCAGCUCGUGGCCGCGUCGCGCGCCAAGGCGCCGCCCGCGGCGCCUGCGCUCGCCAGCCUCACCGCCGCCUCGCGCGCCGUGGCCGCUGCCGCCGGCGCCGUCGUCGCCUCGGUGCGCGGCGCCUCCGCCCUCGUGCGCGACCAGGAGGCGCUAGACACGUCGGCGCUGUCGUUGACGGCCACGCGGCGGCUGGAGAUGGAGAGCAAGGUGCGCGCGUUGGAGCUGGAGAGCGCGUUGGACGCGGAGCGCGCCCGCCUCGCCGCGCUGCGCAAGCGACACUACCACCUCGCGCAACUGCAUGAGAAUGGGAAGGUGACAAAUGGAGAAGAAUGAACAUACCAUGAAAAACAUAUAAAACUUACUGACAUGACAAAAUUUAAACAUUUACAAAAGCACUUUAUUUUGACAAACAUUCUAAAGAUGCAUUUAAACUGUUUACAACGAUUUUUUUACCAAAAAAAUACAUAUAACCAAACUGCUCAUAACAUUUCACCGUAGUAUGUAAUUAUUAACAACAAGAGUAAAAGUCUUCCUGUUGUAGAAGGCUCAAUUUAAAUUAGAAAAGGUUACUAAAUAAAAAAAAAAAUUAAAAGCACUUUCGAAAACUUUACGAUUAAAAUCAUCCUUAUUACACAUUUAAGAUUAUCGUUUUUUAUUUUUAAAUAUACCAUUCCAAAUGAAAUUAAUGCUGUUUAUUUUUAUAAUUUACAAGAAAAAAAAGAUAUGAAUUAAAAUACAUUUUGAAUAUCGAAUGCAUUUUAAUAGAACGUAAAUGUUCAGGCUUAGAACAAACUAAAAAAUGUCAUAAUAAAAUAAAACAGUUGCUUUUUAUUAAAUUUAUAACGGACUCGUUAAUUAUUAAUGACAAUAAAUUAUUAUGAACGUCUAUUAUGAUUAAAACCGAACCACUAAAUAUUAAAUGAAAUUGUUACCUAUUAAAAAUAGGCUUGUGCUGUUCUAAGUUUGUUCUUGCCGUGUCUUCAGAUUAAGCUUUAAGAAUGAGACUAAGUUAUAGAAUAUGUGAAAAUUACUUUUCUAUGUACCUUCAUGUAUAAUAUAAUCCUAACUCACUUGCUAAAUAUAAUUAAAUGUUUUAUCAGUGUCUUUUCGUUGAUAACACUACAUGUAAAUGUAAUUACAGAGAAACUUGUUUAAUCCUAUAAACUUCACUAAUAAUAUAUUAUGAAAAUCUACAUUUGUAUUUGUAACGAGAAUGGUGAUGACAAUGAUGGAAUUAUUGUAGUCCUUAAGUGUUUUAAAUAUUUAUAUACAUAUUGUGUUUACUAAUAAAAUGUCUACAAAUUAU